AUGGACUCGUGGGGCUGGAUGAACCCCCAUAACGACCUCUGGGCGCGGGACGACGGCAGUGCUAAUGGCAUCGGCAACACGAACGGCGGCUCGACCAACUCCUUCGCCGGCCAGAACAACGACACCUCCCAGGCCGCCCUCAUCAACGAGUUUCGAUUCGCCGCCGCCAAGUCUAUCCGCACGUCUGUCAUCAUCCUCGCCGCCUUCAAUGUCGUCGCCGCCUUCGCCACCGCCGUCGGUAUCAUCUGGCACAGCUACGCCACGAAGAAGCGGAAGGAUCCGAGAUUCAAGUUCUUGUGCGUGGGCAUCAAUGGCAGAGCUAUGAGACGUCUUGUCAAGCUAACGUGCACCAGGGCCUGCGGGUUCACCUUUGUCGCGCCGGCGGAGACGUUUCCCCUCGUCUUGUCCGUCGGCAUUGUCGUUCAGGGCAUUACGUUCGCCGUCGCACAGUCGACCGGUCUCAAGUCCAUGUUGAUCCUGGGCUGUACCACUACUUCUCAGAUGAUGUUGCCUGCGGUUUUCAUCGUCCCUUAUAUUCAAUUUGUAUUUGGCCUCGAGGUCACCUCACGGGCAUUACGACAGCAGCCGUUCGCAGGUCGGGGCAAAUGGACUGUCGCUGGUUGCCUUGCCAUUGUUGGCACCCUACUACUUGUUACCUUUGUCGUCACGCUUUUCAUUCGUCCUCCCAACUUUUGCUUUGGCUCCCUGUUCUGGUUUGUCCAGCGCUGGAAGGCUGGCGUCUUCAUCCUCCUCAUCGUCAUUGCCGCAACGCUCCUCGUCUGCACCGUCAUCAUUGCCUGGCGGCUGCACAACAACUGCCAGAUCGACGAGUCUGAGCGCGUGGCGGCCUCAAGGAUGGUCUACUACUUGACCAUGGCCAUCAUCUCUACCGUCUUCAUGAUUCCCUUCUUCUAUACCAUCGUCUUCAACGAUCUCAGGACUGCCGGCUCGCAGCCCCUGAAUCUUUCCAUGAUCGCCUCCGUCGUCGCCAACCUUUCUGGUCUUCUCACGGGUGGCUUGCAUCUGUUCCUCCGCGCCAACUGCCUCGCCACGAUCGGUGCCCGCGAGCAGUGCGAAAAAGACCGCAAGAAGCUCAAGGAAGGCAUCCGAGUGUGGCCUGGUGACUACGACUACAAUUCGAAUGCCGGCUCGCCAUCUCGAUCACGGGCACCUGAGCGCCUGGACAGCAGCGUGGCGUAUGGGAAGAUGGAGGAGGAGCGCAUCGAGAGCCCGACCGGCACACCAACCUAUGACAGCCGCAACGCCCCUCGCUUGCCUGCCCUGCGACCCCCCACCGUUCCGUCUGGCCCGACGAUUGUCGAGCCGACACCGCCCGCAUCCACCCUCCAGGUCAUCAAGGACCAGAUCCGCAAGUCCACCUACUCGCUCUUCCCUCGCGACAGCAGCGGCGCACGGUCUUUCACCCUUCUUCCCGCGACAACAUACUCGCCCAACGCAACGACGCCUCGUGGUGAGAAGUUCAUUGACAACGACGAUGACAUGCAGUCGCUCGUGCCCCCACCACUGGUUCACGCUGGCGGUGUCCGUCACCGCCGCGAUUCGUCCAUGCACUCCCAUGCCACGGUGCAGAUUGGCUUGCGAUUCUCCAACGCCGAGGACGCACCAGCUCUCAACUCUCGCUACUUCCGGGAUAGCGAAGAGGUCCACGUGCUCGGCUGCCCGCUGGAGCGAGAGAAAGACGGGUCCAAGCGGCCGAGCCCGCUGAACGCGGCUGUCACCAACAGCUAUGACGGCGAGUCGACGCUCAUCGGCUCGUCGGCGGCGCGCGACUCGGGCCCGACACUCAACUCGGCCGUGUACACGCCGUUCAGCCCCAAAUCGCGCAUCACGAGCCCAAAGGGUGUGGGCUUUGACACACCGAAGCGCAUGGCCAGCCUACAACGGGCCGGCAAGGAGAGGUGCUACAAGCCCGACUGCGACUGCGACCUGCUGCACAAGCCCGAUUGGAUCUAG